UAUUCCAAAGAGUGAUACCCCUCUGAGUCCAGGGGACUAUCGACCGAUCUCAAUUACAUCGGUAGUCGUGAGAUGCCUCCACAGCAUCCUUGCGAAACGCUGGAUUACCGCGAUUCCCUCUCUACACUCUCAACUGGCGUUCCUAAAACGAGAUGGAUGCUUCGAGGGCGUCGUCUCAGUACAUACUAUUCUACGCGACGCACGGCUCGCUACGCACAACUUGGCAAUGUGCUCGAUUGACAUCUCUAAAGCGUUUGACUCGGUGUCUCACGACACAAUUAAACGAAUGGCUGAGGCCUAUGGUGCACCGAAGCCAUUAGUAUCAUAUAUCUCGAAUUGUUAUAAAUCUUCGAAAGCGAUCGUACAUGGUAACUUGGUCAAAAUCGGGAGAGGAGUAAGGCAGGAGAUCCGCUCUCGCCACUUCUGUUCAUUAUGUGUAUGGAUGAAGUGACUCAAUUAACAACACGCGAACACGGGGCAAAGCUGGGCAGCCAGAGGGCUGACUCGGUUCUGUUCGCGGAUGAUAUGAUGAUCUUCUCACAGACCACUGUGGGAAUGCAACACAAGCUUGACACGCUAUCCAUAGGAUUGCAGCAAGCUGGCUUAAGUAUUAACGUACAAAAAUCGCGCAGCCUGACCGUCGCUGCGAAUGGGAAAUUGAAAAGCGUGUGUGUUGUCCCUCACACAUACAAGAUCGGCGGGGUAUCCUUAGACCCCAUAAACGUCACUGACAAAUUUAAGUACCUCGGAAUAUGGUUUAAUCACUCUGGUAUCACACGACAACCAAUAAAUACUAUGACCGAGAGUCUCCUAAGUGAGAUUACUGAUGCGCCGCUAACACCAGUCCAGCGGUUAACGAUACUGAAACAGUAUGGUAUACCGAAACUCCAAUAUGUGUGCCAAGUUGGAGCAAUUGGUAAAACCGAACUACAGAAAGUGGAUGUCGCAAUCCGCAAACGUGUUCGUCAGUGGUUGGGGCUACCACACGACACAGCUAAUAGCUUCUUUCAUGCACGAGUGAGCGCUGGGGAAUUGGAAUUGAACCCCUGUAUCCACUGGCCGUAAUUAGACGGUCACAAAGACUACGACAGUUAAACGCCCGAAACUGUACAUUAUUACAGGCUAUCCGGCAGUCGGAGGCCUAUAAACUACUGGAGUGCAAGUCUACUGGGAUCAUGACUCUAAACGGACAGGUAAUAUCAAAGUCUGAUCACUUCUAUGAGGCGUUAAAAAUGAGAAUGUACGGCACCGUAGAUGGCGGUGGCCUGAAAGUCUCCGGUCUGAGCAAGUGUUCGCACCUAUGGGUCACGUCCCCGGAAGGGAUGUUUCUUGGAUGUAUCGUAAGGCCGUACAACUACGAGGCCACACUCUGAAAACGAAGGUAAGAGCAUCACGGGGCGGAAGAUCCGGCGGUGAUCUUUGGUGUAACGGCGGGUGUAGGAAAACAGAGUCUUUGAUGCAUAUCCUCCAGGAAUGCAAACUCACCCAAAGACUGCGUAUUGCUCGGCACAAUCGAGUGAUGCUGAAGCUGGAGGGUUCCCUGAGGCGGGCGGGCCUCUCAGUUAUGCGGGAGCCGUACAUACGAAAGGACAAGAGUUACGUGAAACCGGACCUGUUGGUAAGUGGAACAGGUAAGAUUUAUGUUUUAGAUGUGAUAAUAUGCAAUGAUAACAGACUGUUAGAAUCGUGGAAUUCAAAGAUACGUAAGUAUAACACCAACGAGUUAAACGACAAAUUCAGACAGAUGUGUAACGUUCAUAAAGCGUCGGUCCACCAUUUACCGAUAGCUCUUACCAUGCGUGGGAUAAUGGACGGGCGGUCUGAGAAAGGCCUGAGUGAAAUGGGAUUACCCAAGACGGCGAUAUCGUGGCUGUGCGAACAGACAAUCGUAGGAUCAUUGAUAUGCUAUGAUGCCUAUAUGAAUGACUCGUUAGCCCGAACAGUCAGGCGAUAAUGUAGUAGCAAAUACCUAACCAGAGACAGGACUGUAUCCGUCCCCAAUGGUUCAAGAUCUAUAAUCCCCGGAACCCUGGGGAGUUUCACUUUUGGAAUAAAUACUACAUGUGCCAGGUUUAAGUGGUCUGGAAUCAUUUCAAGCGUUAGCAUCAAGUUGAGGAAUGCUG